AUGUCGAAUCCACUUGUGGCGGACUCGAGAUCGCGAUGGAGGAAACGACAACGCCUGGAGCGGUCUUCUUCGGUAGGAGAUCCGGGAGGAGCAGAAGAAGCUUUGAUGGAGGAAGAUGAGACGGCGAUGGCGGAUCUGGCUUUGCAUGAUAGAGAAAAGGGAAAGAUCUUCUCUCGCAUAGCACCAGCAAAAUCAUCAAAGGAGGCUUGGGAUUCUCUUCAAACCGAAUUCCAAGGCACUCCGCAAGUACGAUUGAUCAAACUACAAUCGUUGAGAAGGGAGUACGAAAAUUUGAAGAUGAACGAAGGUGAUAACAUCAAAGUUUUCACAGAGAAGUUGAUUGAUUUGGGAAAUCAAUUAAGGGUUCAUGGUGAAGAGAAGACGGACUAUCAAAUUGUCCAGAAGAUUCUCAUAUCUCUCCCAGCAAGAUUUGACAGCAUAGUGGCUGUGAUGAAGCAGACAAAGGAUCUGACUUCGUUGCCGGUAACAGAGUUAAUAGGAACUCUGAAAGCACAUGAGAAACGUGUGGAAGCCCGAGGCGCGACUAUGUCGGAAGGGGCGUUUAAUGUUAGAACAAGGGGAGGAAAAUCUGGAUUCAAAUCUUUCAACAACCAAAGCCAUGGGUAUCAAGGCAAAGGCAAAAGAUGGUGUGGCUUCUGGAAUUUCAGUAAAUGUGGCAUACGUGGCCAUGGAUCAAGGGAAUUUCAGUCUAAGAGGUAUGAAAGGGCACACAUGAGCCUUGAAGAUGAAGAUGAAGAUGAUGGAAUUCAUAUGCUCUUUAGUGCAAGUGAAGAAAAUCCAACACCCACGAAAGAAGCCGUUUGGCUGAUCGACAGUGUUUGUACAAAUCAUAUGACUAAAGAAGAAAGUUACUUCACAAGACCUGAUAGAAGUGUCAAGGUUCCAAUAAGAGUCGGAAACGGAGAGAUUGUCAUGACGGCCGGCAAAGGAGAUAUUAUUGUCAUGACAAACAGAGGAAAGCGAGUUAUAAAAGACGUGUUCUUGGUGCCGGGUGUAGAGAAGAAUUUGAUCAAUGUUCCAUAA